UCCUCUUUUAAUACUAUUUUGUUAUAAUAGAAGAAUUUAUUAAAUUUGAAAUAUGUCGAAUUAAAUUUCAUCAUUAUAUACAGUUAAUAGUAAAUAAGUUUAGUGCAGAGUUUUGGUGGGAAUCUGCGGUUAAUGUUCCUGUUCGUGAUAAUUACACAAUAUUUUUUAUGUUAAAGACAUUUCCUUAUAAGUACGGAAAAAAUUCAUAGCAAUACAAUGCCUGAAGUCACAAUUAAUAAUGUCAUUAUUAAUUUCCCUUUCAAACCAUAUCUUGUUCAAGAAGAAUAUAUGGCGAAAGUAAUAGAGUGCUUACAGAAUAGUAAGAAUGGUGUUCUAGAAUCUCCAACCGGCACAGGAAAAACUCUGAGCCUUUUGUGUUCUUCUUUGAGUUGGUUGUUAACAAAAAAAGCUCAAUUACAAGCACAAUCAUUGGUCGGUGGAAUAGAAACACCAAAUUGUGGAGGACAUUUCAUUAAACAAUUAAAUAAUGGACUUAAAGAAGCUACAGGCAAGUCAGAUCCUUCUAGUAGUUUUAACUGGGCAGCGCCGAAAAUUAUCUAUGCAUCCAGAACGCAUUCUCAGCUCUCACAGGCGAUGCAAGAAUUAAAAAAAAGUUCUUACAAACAUGUAAGUGUAGCUGUACUGGGGUCAAGAGAUCAACUUUGCAUUCAUCCAGAAGUUUCCAAAGAGACCAACACUUUGAGUAAAGUACAUAUGUGUCAUUCUAAAGUAAAGUCUAGAACAUGUUUUUAUUAUAACAACGUUGAAACAAGAAAAGAAGAUCCUUUCUUCAAACGAGAAUUAUUAGAUAUAGAAGAUUUAGUAAAAGCUGGUCAUAAAUUCAAAUGCUGUCCAUACUUCUUAUCCAGAGAACUUAAACAAAAUGCAGAUAUAACAUUCAUGCCAUACAAUUACUUGCUAGAUGUAAAAUCACGAAAAUCCCAAAAUAUAGAUCUGCAAAACAGUAUUAUUCUUUUAGACGAAGCACACAAUAUUGAAAAGAUAUGUGAAGAAGCAGCAUCGUUACAAAUAUGUAGUACAGAUAUUGCAAUGUGCAUUGAUGAAAUAACAGCAGUAAUGGAAGAUAUGGUUAACAAUGUUGAACAAAAUGAUCUUUUUAUGGAAAAUUCAGGAAAUGUGCAAAAAGAUUUUACUGCAGAUGAUUUAUGUAUUUUGAAAGCAAUGUUUUUGGAAUUGGAGAAAACCAUCGAUUCUAUAAAAAUCAAUAAACGCGAUGUGGGAGAUACGCUUCCUGGUGGAUAUAUUUUUGAAUUACUAGAAAAAGCACAAUUAACCCAUGGCAAGGAGCAACUAGUAAUAGAGAAAUUAGAUAAAAUUGUAUUUUACUUAACAACUACAAGUGCCUCUCCAUUUACAAGGAAAGGCAAUGCGCUUCAAAAAUUUAGUGAUUUGCUAAGAAUUGUGUUUAGCAGUGGUAAUAGCUUACACUACAGGGAAAAAGUCAAACAAUGUUAUAAAGUAUAUAUUCAAUUAGAGGAACAAAAAAAAAAUUAUAAACACGAUGUAUGGGAAACGAAGAAAACCAUUUUCAAAAAUGAAGGCAAAGUUAUCAGUUAUUGGUGUUUUAGUCCAGGUUUCAGCAUGCAGCAGUUAAUGGAACAAGGUGUACGCUCAAUGAUAUUAACAAGCGGUACGUUGUCUCCAUUAAAACCUUUUAUAUCCGAACUUGGAAUACCAAUUGAAAUCCAAUUGGAAAAUUCGCAUAUUGUAAAAGGAGAUCAAAUUUGUGUGGGUAUUCUUAGCCAAGGUCCUGAUGGUUUCGCUUUAAAUUCUUCUUACAACACAAGGAAUGAUCCAAAAUAUAUAGGAUCUCUUGGACGAACUAUAUUUAAUUUUAGUUGUCUCAUACCUCAUGGUCUAUUAAUUUUUUUUCCUUCAUAUCCAAUAAUGAAAAAGUGUAAAGAAGAAUGGCAAAACACAGGUUUGUGGACAAAAAUUGCAGACCAUAAACCUAUAUAUGUCGAAUCUCAAUAUAAAGAUGGUUUCAUAAAUGUUUUAAAUGAAUAUUGUGAAAAAAUCAAAGACCCUUCUUGUAAAGGAGCUAUCUUCAUGGCAGUUUGUAGAGGCAAAGUGAGUGAAGGACUCGAUUUUGCUAAUGCAAAUGGUAGAGCUGUGUUAAUUACAGGUCUUCCAUUUCCACCUUUGAAAGAUCCAAGAGUUAUAUUAAAACAACAAUACUUGGAAGAAAUAAGAAUUAACAACAAAGAAGCUUUGUCUGGGCAAGAGUGGUAUCAACUCGAAGCAUCACGAGCUGUUAAUCAAGCUAUUGGUCGAAUAAUACGCCAUAAAAAUGAUUAUGGUGCUAUUAUUCUUUGUGAUUGUAGAUUUGAGAAUCCAGGUUUCAAGAAGUAUUUAUCUGCUUGGCUAAGGCCUCAUAUAAAAAAUUUUACUAAUUUUGGAGUAAUUACAAAAGAUUUGAGAGAUUUCUUUAAAUAUGCAGAACACACUUUACCCCAACCAAAUAUGCAAUUUAGAAAUAAUAGUAUUUCGUUACCUGCAAUGGCAGCAUCUUUUGAUACAAUGUCGCGAACUGCACAAAAUCCUUUGAAACACAAGUCUAAAGUAACAUCUUUAGUAGAGGAUACUUUUAAUAUAGAUUUAUAUACUAAUGAAAAUAAAGAAGCUGGUAAAACAAUUGAUGUAAAGAAAAAAAAUUUCUCUGAGCUUUUAGCAACAAAGUCGAAGCCUAUAAUUAAUUUUAGCGAUUGCAAAUUAAAAGAAAAUUAUGUUACCUGUGAACUAACAAAGAAUACCACAGAACCAGUUACAAAAAAAAGAAAAAUAAAAAUGUUACCUAUUGAAUUCAAUGAGUGUUUGUCUGGUCCUUCUACGUCGUCUGCGUGCACAAACAGUAUAAUCAAUUUAAAAUAUUCUCAACAAAUUUCUGAAGAAUCGAAUGAUACUGAUAAAAAAUCUUUAGGCAAAACAUAUUUAAAAGCGGUAAAACGUUCUUUAUCGGAAGCUGAUUACAAAACAUUUGCAAAAAUGAUACAAAAUUAUACGAAGACAGGUAACCUUGAAGAGUUGCUGAAAAUACUUCAAAACAUAUUUCCACAGAAAGAACGGUUUCAUUUGUUAUAG